AUGCCUCUGGCAGAAUACGUAGCCUCGCUGUCCCAAAAUCCCUAUUUUGGGGCAGGUUUUGGUCUCUUCGGACUGGGAGCUGGUGCGGCAAUUUUGCGUAAAGGUUUUCAAACGUCUAUGUUGUUAUUUAGAAGACACUGUAUGAUAACUUUAGAAGUGCCAUGUCGUGAUAAGUCCUAUCAGUGGCUCUUGCAAUGGAUCACGCAAAAGGGUGCCAAACAGACUCAGCAUUUGAGCGUGGAAACAUCAUUCCUUCAAAAGGAUACUGGACAAAUAAAAACUAAAUAUGACUUCAUACCCAGUGUUGGACAACAUUUUUUCAGGUAUCGUGGAGCAUGGAUAAAAGUUGACCGUACGAGAGAGCAACAAACUCUAGAUCUGCACAUGGGAAUACCUUGGGAGACAGUAACAUUAACAUCAUUUGGUCGCAACAAACAAUUGUAUUAUGAUAUUCUUGAAGAAGCAAGGACUAUGGCAUUGAAGCAACAUGAAGGAAUGACUAUAAUGUACACAGCAAUGGGUUCCGAUUGGAGACCAUUUGGCCACCCUAGACGUAGAAGGCCAAUACGCAGUGUAGUCUUGAGAGAUGGCUUAGCUGAUAAAAUUCUUACAGAUUGUUUAGAUUUUAUUGACAAUCCAAGUUGGUAUACAGAUAGAGGUAUUCCAUAUAGAAGAGGAUAUCUACUCUAUGGUCCCCCAGGGUGUGGAAAAUCGUCUUUUAUUAUGGCAUUAGCUGGAGCACUUGAAUACAAUAUUUGUGUUCUUAAUCUAUCUGAAAGAGGCUUGACUGAUGAUAGGCUAAAUCAUUUAUUAAGUGUUGCACCUCAGCAGUCAAUCAUUCUUCUAGAAGACAUUGAUGCUGCAUUCGUUUCUCGGGAAGAUACAUCAAUACAGAAAGCAGCUUACGAAGGACUUAACCGUGUUACAUUUAGCGGCCUAUUAAAUUGCCUCGAUGGUGUUGCCUCCACUGAAGCCCGGAUUGUGUUCAUGACUACAAACUACUUGGAAAGACUUGAUCCGGCUCUUAUAAGACCUGGGCGUGUUGAUAUGAAAGAAUACGUUGGAUACUGUGACGAAGCUCAAGUAGAACUAAUGUUUUUACGCUUCUAUAAAGAUGCAGGACACGCCAGAACUUUUGCGAAAAAGGUUAUGGAAAAAGCAAAAGCCGUUAGCCCAGCGCAAAUACAAGGAUACUUUAUGUUUCAUAAACACUCUACGCCUCUUGAAGUUCUUGACAAUGUUGAAGCAAUAUGGACACUUGGAUGA